AUGUCACGCCGACCAAGACUCUCCGGUCCCAAAUUCUUCGCUGGUGGUUCAGCUUCUAGCUCAUCUAAAUCACCCUCUCCUAUCAAUUCAAUGAGUGGAGAGAGGGGAAGCUCCGAAACAUCCACGAAGGCUAACGAUAGUUCAUCUAGUUUCCGCCCUGGCUACAGACCAUUUAGUAAAAAUGGCGACAAGCUUGAUGGUCGUGAGGAAGGCAAGGAUACCCCUUUCAAUGCAUCUGACUCACUGCAGAACUACCGCGAGCAACAGGAGGCGGGUAUGCGACUGCUUCAAUGGAUCAAUAUUCCGUCUGCACCUUGCCCAAUCUCGCUAUCAAGGUGCAAUUUCCCUGGGCUUUUGAGUAGCAAAUGGGAGCUUCUCGAACAGCCUGCCGACUUGCCAACAAACUACACCACCCAUGCAACGUUUCUUCCUCCUGGUAUCCCAGGCGCAAAGGGUUCUCCACCGAGGAAAACCCCAUAUCGCUGGACUUCUAUGGUAAAGUCUCUACCGAAUCAGCCUUACAUGGUUUCUUGGUGGACAGGCCGCACUGCAGAGGGCGUGGUUUUCCUGGAGGACGUCAAUCGCCCUAAAGGCUCGCAAUACCCAUUUAUAUCCGAAAUCACCAAGGCUGUAUACGAAAAGGACUACAACAUUGAAACUCUCAGGUAUGUGUUUGUGGCUGACGUGGCCAACGCCGUAACGCGUGGGUUUAUCAUAGGUGUUCUCUGGCCCAGUACUGAUGAGUAUCCCCGGAUAAUGGAAUCCAAUACGCCCGAGUUUCAAAUCUUGCUUGGAACUCCAAUUGGCAAAAUUGUCGCGCAUCUUGUCUUGAAUUCAUUUGCUCGUGGUACUCGACGAAUUGCACGAGUCGUUCUUUGGCCCGAUGCUAACUUCUCACCCCAGUUGAGGUUUGAUAUCGAACGGAUUGGAUAG